UAAAAUCCAAUUCGGGAGCGAUUCUGGGAAUCCGGUUCGGUUCCCCCAGUUUAAACACCCGUCUGGAAGGCCAUGUGCUGCUAAUAAACCAAACACAACGGAUCGCUCAUUUAAUGGAUAUAAUCGGGUAAUUACGAAGACAUAAGACUACUAAAACAUCAAGGUCUAGGAGUUGUAUUUGGCUCUUUCUGUAAGCGGUUCUGGAUCGGUCAGUAUGCAGGGCUGGGUGACUCUGGCUCUGUUGCUGAGCCUCGGGGUCAAACGCUCCCUCACACAGAACGGUCUGGGUGAACCUCCUGUACCUCGUGGUUUAACCUUAAAUCCUGAUCUACCUGCACAGACUCUUUCUUUGAGAUGGCAGAGUGACUUGUCGCUUUUUGACCUGGAGAUUUUCCACACCGAGCUCAUGAAUGUGGUGCUGAAUGAGACGGUGGCAGUUAAAGCAGAUCCUGUGACAGGACUGCAUAGUUGGACUUGGCACUCGCCGUUACCCUUGGAGUGCACUUCUCAUUCUGUGCGCAUCAGAGCACGAAACCAGCUGUCGGUCAGCCAGUGGAGCCCCCUUCAGACCAUUCCAGGGUCGGAUAUUCCUGUGAAGUCCGAGUCUUAUAUGUUUCCCCAAGAUAAAAUGGUUCCCGUGGGCAGUAACAUGAGCUUCUGCUGUGUUGUUAAGGAGAAGGAAGAUUUCAAAGAAAUCAUGUACGGGCGUCAGAAAAUGAAUGCCACACGAUUGAGCAGAAGAACAUAUGCCAUCACAGUAACCAACCAGCCAGCAUCGGGCAACACGGGGACCAACGUGAUCUGCUUUUCCCAAAGAUUGACCCUCACAGGAGCUGUGGUGUUUGUAGGCUAUCCGCCGGGCGAUGAGGGCUUGGUCUGCGAGACGCGGGACCUGGCAUCCGCAGAAUGUUCUUGGAAAAAAGGACGAGACACUCGCUUGAGAAUGAAACGCAGCCGCACUAAAUACACCCUUAAUGGAAGGGACUGUUUGGAGGCUAAUGAAAAAAAGACAUGGUGGUGUAGCUCGAAGAUCUGGGAGGAGAACUGGACUCUGGUGGCUCGAAAUCCUCUUGGAACAGUCCAGCUUACUGACUCGGCCCAACUCACUGACCGCGUACAUCUGUUGGCUCCAGCGAAUGUGACAGCGGUUGAAGUCAAGGCGUGGAGCACCACACUGCAGUGGAGCUGGUCUGUGGCGGCGUAUAAAAAGCUGGAGAUGGUCUGCCAGCUGCGGCUCUUCACCCAUGAACUUUCCAGCACAGUAAAUUUACUGCUCAACUUUCAGCUCCCAGAACCCUUUUCUCAGAGCUCAGCAGAGGAAGAUGGCUGGACAACAGUUUCUCUUCCUCCUGGGAACUUUAGCUAUCCCAUCAUCCUUAACAACAGCAGUGACAUCACCGUUGCCGUGGCAGCGCGAAACCCAGCUGGUCUCUCUCAGCCUUCCACUGUGACCACACCAGCAUACAGAGCAGAUUCCCAGCUGUCUGUGUCUGAGCUGCUCGGCACAAAUGGAUCAUUUGUCCUCUCCUGGGAGCCUAAUGUCAAUGCGAGCAGCGGGUACGUGGUGGAGUGGUUCCCGACUGGCUGCAGUGGACUCUGCCCCGUUGACUGGAAGAAACUUCCAGAAUCAGACAGCAGCUUCACAGUGAACUCAGACUCUCUGGUGGCAGGAGUGAGGUACACCGUAUCCGUGUACUCUCUCUCGACCGGCGCUCCUACGCUGCUGCAGAGAUGGCAGGGAUACUCACAGGAAAUGAUUCCUUCUCAGUCGGUUAGUGAGCUGUCACCCAAUCAGACUGGCUCUGAUGUGCUGCUGUCUUGGAGAGCCACCGAGAUGAAACAGCAGAGAGGCUUCAUACGUGGAUACACCAUCUACCUGGCAAAUGCUGCACAUCUGGAUCUCAUUGCUAAUAUCACUGAUCCUGAAGUGCAGUCGUACAGGGUGAAAGGUUUGUCUCUGAGCUCGUAUAAGUUCGUAGUGAAGGCCUACACCUCAGCUGGGGAGGACGCGGGGGCCACUGUGGCCAUUAAAAUGGAGAUGGACACAGCUGACAUGCUGUUUGUUGGCAUUCUCGUGCCGUUGGGAAUCAUGUUCUGCUGUCUCAUCCUCAUCAGCAUCUGCUGCUACAAGAAGAGAGAGUGGGUAAAGAAAGCUUUCUAUCCUGAAAUCCCUGGACCUAAAGUACCUGGAGACUGGUCCUCCCCACAGGGUCCUCUGGAUGUGAAGCCCUCUCCUCACAGUCUGGUCCACAUUGUGGAGAGUCCGGAGUGGGAUUUCACUAAGGAAGGUCUGUUCCCAGUACCAGAGGAAGAGGAGGAGUCUGAGAACGACAACAUCGAGGUGGACACUGACUCGGAUGAACCGGCCCUGCUGAGAUACUACAACCAGGUGGUCGGUGACGGCUCACACAGUAACCAGGUCUCAGACUCCUCCGGUUCCUCGACCGCCUCGGUGGGCUCCACGCAGACUGAAAUCACCUACGCUGGCAUCCAGAGCCCCACCUCCUCGCAGGGGGUGUGCGGUGGCGGAAGUUACAGGCCUCAAAUGCAGUCCGUCGCGGGUCCCAAAAUCGAAUUCGAGGCCGACUUCCAAGACGAUGGCUUGAAUACAGGCUACAAAUCCCAGGGUUCCUGGCAGCUGGAUUCUCCAGAGGCGGAAAACUUUAGCGGUUCGCUUGGCAGCCCUACAUCGGUCACAUCAUCCCAGUUCCUCAUCCCAGAAUCCUCUGAAGAGAAACCACAGCCUCCAAACACCUGGUUCCACAAUCUUCUCUCUGGAAAGUCCUGAGAACGCACUAGCUUUUGUUUUUCACGUUCGUUUGUGCCGUUCACCUUUACGAGGAUGUUUUUCGGUUCGUUUUAGGGUUUGUGCCCUUAACUGGAAAUCGCUCAUAUUUACGUAACCAACAUCACUACUGUUUCUCAAGGACUUGUGAUACUGACCAGAGAGGUAAAGUACUACUGAAGAGCUGAAGAUGGCUGUAUCUUCAUGCGCUCGCUCGGGGCAGUAUGAUGUUUUGCCUAGGGAACGUCGCUUCUAUUCAUACGACAGUGUUCGUGCCUCUUUCUUGCAGUGUUAUUGGAGUGAUCGCAGUAAAUCUACAUCCUUGCAGCAUUAUAUUGUGCGUACCAUUUCAUAGCUCUUUUUUUCAGAACAGUUUUGUAGCAGUCAGACGUAGGAGGUCCGAAAAGCAGCCCAAGUUCAGCAGGUUUGCACACAUUUCUCUGCCGGUAAAACAUGUUGAUUUGCAUUUCAAAAGUUCAAAACCAGUGCAUUUAAGGCUUGUUCUCAAAACUGCAUCGCUUUCAGUUGAUUUAAAAAAUUGUAUGUAGCUUCAUGCAACUUUUUCUCGAGUCUUGAUGUCUGUAAGCAGACACGUGUUGAAUAAGCUGACCGAACAAAAGGAAAAUGGGAGAAACUUGCAUCUCUGUUUUUUCUUAAACCGUUUCCCUGAUUAAGGAAACAGCUGUUGAAGUGUUUUCAUGAUCUUACAUUGUCAGCUUAAUCUCUGUAAGAUGCAUGUAAGCACACUGUUACUGUUAAAGAUGUCAUGCAGCUAGCUAGUUGUGUGUAUUUUUGAUUAGUGGUUGACGCUCAGUCAGCAUAACUGAACAUCAUAAACUCAGUCGGCAGAAAAUGACCUUCUCUGCUAGGGCUGCACGAGUUUCAGAAUAAAAUCAAAUUGCGAUUUUUUUUAUUUUUUUUUUCCGUCUUCCUUUCACUCCC